UUAGUACUUAUGGGGAGAGUGAUGACAGACGGGAGAUUAACCGCAAGAAUGAAGUGUGAUUUGACUGAUAAUCUUGCUCUGAGGGUCAAUGCUCAACUUACAAAUGAGCCACAUAUGUCACAAGGCAUGUUCAAUUUUUAUUAUAAGGGAUCAGACUAUAGGACUCAGUUUCAACUAGGAAAUGGUGCUUUACUUGGUGCAAGUUACAUCCAGAGUGUGACUCCUAAUUUGUCAUUAGGUGGUGAAAUAUUCUGGGCUGGUCAACAUCGGAAAUCUGGCCUCGGUUAUGCUGCUCGUUACAGCACUGACAAGAUGGUUGCAGCCGGUCAAGUUGCUAGCACUGGUAUGGUUGCACUAAGUUGUGUUCAAAAAGUGUCUGAAAAG